GUUUUAUUGAUCCCGGGGCGCCGCGGCGCUACCCACCCGCGGCGGGGUCGUCCGUGAGAAAAUUCUGUUCAACAGGAUUUAAACGUUUUCCACAAUUCGGUUCUACCGGUGAAUAUUCUCUGGCGAACGGUCUACGGCGGUUGUAACAGCGUGGUUGCAGAAUUGCUUGGUGUUCCGCGUCGGAGGUCGGGCAAGGAGCCGAAGAGAGUCGGUCCCGGGGAGGCGGUAUACGGUAGGCUGCCGAAAAGGUGGAUCGAAAUUCUGAUUAGCGUCGUGCGCGGGGUGCAAACGACGUCCUCGUCGAGGGGUUCGAACGAUCUGAGAAUUGGUGCCGGUGGUGGCGGUUGUGUCGCGACUUCGCCGAAUUCCAUGUACCGCGGGACGUACCGGAAAAAGAAACUACCCGGUGACGUUCGACCGACCUGUGACCGCGGCCUGCCUCUAUCGUCCUGCUCCCUCCGGAAGGAUUCUCGGGAAAUCCUGUUUCCUUGAUCUUCGCUGGUAUACUUUAAUGGACUGAGGGAAGAGGAGCGUGAAAGUACAAGAGAGAAGGAGAGAGAGACUGAGAGGGAGAAAGAGAGAGAGAAAGGGGAGGGUGAAAUAGUCGGAAGAAGCUGUCAUUGAACAGCUACGACUACCAAGAUUGUUAAUGCAACACCGAUGGGGGGCUUGUAAGCUGGGAAGGAGCGUACCGGACCGGCCGAGGGACGUGCCAUCCGGCUGGUGAUAUCCCGGCGAUCUCGCGCUGUUCCUCGUUCACGAGGAACGAGAUCGCGAACCGGUGAUCGUCUCGAUCAGGUGAAGACAGUGAGAACCGACUAUAGGGUAGGCGCCGCGGCGCUGAGAUGGGCCCCGCUAGCAGCCGCGAACAGAUUGGGGAGCAGAUCGGUGACGAUGAUGGCCUGCAGAUCAAGGCGAAACCACCGGCCACGGAAAGCGAAUAUUCUGUCGAAGAGCAUGCGAGAUUAACUAGCGCCGAUGGAGUCAGUGACGAAGCGUCUCCAGAAGAUGAAGGGGGCUCGUUAUGCGAAUACCAUGACAUACCGCCACCACCUGACGGGGGUUACGGUUGGGUGGUGGUGUUCGCUUCAUUCAUGUGUAACAUGAUAGUGGACGGUAUCGCUUAUACGUUCGGCGUUUUCCUCGGAGAGUUUGUUACGUAUUUCGGGGAAGGAAAAGGAAAAACUGCAUGGGUCGGGUCACUGUUAUCUGGCAUGUACCUCAGUGCUGGUCCUAUUGUCAGUGCUUUAACGAACAAGUACGGGUGUAGAGCCGUUUGCAUGGCGGGAAGUUUUUUAGGUGCGGCGGCAUUUGUACUUUCAACAUUUUCCACCAGUGUAAAUAUGCUUAUGAUCACCUACGGUGUCAUGGGAGGAAUUGGGUUUGGUCUAAUAUAUUUACCAGCAGUAGUUUGCGUAGGCUAUUAUUUUGAAACCAAGAGAUCUCUAGCUACAGGCAUCGCUGUUUGCGGUUCAGGAUUUGGAACAUUUGCAUUUGCGCCUCUUGCGACUAUGUUAUUAGAAUCUUAUAAUUGGAAGGGAGCUAAUUUAAUUCUUGCUGGCCUUAUUUUAAAUUGCGCUGUAUUCGGCGCGAUGAUGAGGCCGUUGGAAUAUCCGAAGGCUUCCUCGGUGAAACCGUUGUUACAAAGAAUGGCGGAGGAGAAAAGGUUCCAAAUGGAACGCGGUAGUAUCGGGGGCUCUUACUUCAUGGUACAACUGCCUGAUGGAACCAUGGAGAAGAGAAUGAAGAUGCCUAUUAACAUUGAUCCUGGCGUUCACUCCAGUUUCAAUUUAGACCAAUUAGUGCCUGGAACUCCUUUAACGCCAGUUCCGACGGUGCCAACCCUCCCCACUAUAUCCGAAGUUAAAGUGCAAGAACACUCCAGCGGGACGACUAGUAAUAGUGGCAGCAUGGACUUGAAGAAUAUCUCCUCGAAGCCGAAGAGCAGGAAGAAUAUCGACGAUACCAAAGACGGGAAGGAUAUGACGGAAAAGUCUGAGAGCGAGUUCAAGCCGAUAAUGCCGAGAAACGCUUCGCAACCAGCUUUUACAACGCAUGUCCAAGGUUUACCUAAGAAUGGUUCUGUACCCUUCUUCGACAGAAUUCGCAAGACUAGCACUGGCGAAAGGUACAAGCCUAGCCUUAGUGCGAUCAAAAACUCAAGGACAGCGUUGAAUUCUAAUGGCGAUAUCAGGAAGAGCUUACACUUGAGACUUUCGACAAGCAGCGUCAUGGGCUCGCGAAAUAAUAACGCAGAGGUGGAUGAUGGCGAAAGUAUCACUUUUACGACGAGCAAGUCUAGUAUCCCAAAGGAGAAACCACAAAUAAUUCGGCCACUAUCGAGAAAGGAUAUUUUUUACAGUGGAAGUGUUAUUAACUUACCAGAAUACCAGAGCCAAAAAUCACUUGCAAAUUAUCGUCAGAGUGUUAUAUCUUUAUCAAAAUCUGUGCGUGGGGACAUGAAAGACACCGACAUUGAGAAAGCACCUCAGCAACCUCUAUGCCCUUGCUUGGUGUUACCUGAUUCAUUUAAAGAGGUUUUAGGAACAAUGAUGGACGUGUCUCUAUUGAAGGAUCCAGUAUUUCUUUUGAUUGGUAUUAGUAACGUUUUCGGAAUGGCAGGAUUGUAUGUUCCAUUUGUGUACUUACUAGACGCUGCAGUUUUAGAUGAUAUUGACAAGACUCUUGCGUCGUACUUAGUAUCUAUAAUUGGAAUUACGAAUACCCUGGGUCGCGUUGCUUGUGGAUACAUUGCAGAUUUCCCACAAGUAGACUCGCUACUUUUGAAUAAUAUCUGUUUAAUUAUAUCGACAGUUGCAGUAGCUGCGAUUCCGUUUUGCCAUUCUUAUCCUGCUUAUAUCAUUACGAGUAUUCUUUUCGGCAUAGCUAUAUCCGGGUACAUUUCCUUGACGUCGAUCAUUUUGGUGGAUCUGUUGGGACUGGAUAAAUUGACCAGCGCGUUUGGCCUUUUAAUCUUAUUCAGGGGAGCGGCUGCGAUCAUUGGAUCUCCUUUGGCAGGCGCCGUUUACGAUGCUACGCAAAGCUACAGCAUCCCGUUUUUCAUGGCAGGAUUUUUCUUUUUCAUAAGCACGAUUACCAGUUUCAUGGCGCCGGCGAUGAAACGGUGCACAACGCCGCAGACUCAGCCUGUGAUAUUAGAUACGCUGACUCCGAUUGACGAGGAUGUCGAGGAAGAAAACGAAGAGGAUAUUCCUGAAAUCGUGGAAACUGCGCCAUCACCGCAAGAACCACCGGAGAAGGAAAUUAAGCAAAUAGAGUCCGUAUUAUAAAAAGUCUGGUCCGCGUAGGGAGAGAAAAUUAGCCUUCACCUCCGAGCCACACUGUGAUAGGGCUGCUGCUUCGAGAAUGUCUGACAAAGGUACUUCUUCUUUAUACAUUUUAAUGGUUAAAAAGCACAAAUUAAUGAGUACGACCUGAUGGUAUUUUUGACGUACUUAGACCUUUUUGCAAUUGUAUCUAAUUUUUUUUAUGAAAUUAAUAUAUAAAUAUAAAUAUUAUAUAUAUAUAUACACAUGUACGUGGAGAUGUAAAAAAUGCCAUCAGGUGGAGGACUUCAUUUGCCUAUGUCAAUAGUAGAUGAUAGUUAGAAAAAUUUAUUAACUUAAUCAGUAUAGAUUAAUCAGUAUAAAAAGAAUAAAAAAAGAAAAAAGAAAUACUGAAAUAAUAUGAAAAAAUGCUUUUGCACCUUGCAUAUCGACUAAUCGUGGAAGAUCAUCGUCGGUGAUAAAAGUUAUGAUUUAGAAUAAGGAUGGUCAAUCCCAAUUUUUGUGACUGGCUCUCUUUUACCUUUGUUAUACAUAGUACUUUUUAAGGAGACUUAAUUUUGAAUAUAUUUGUGCUAUAUUUUUGAGCUACUAUAUUUACAUGUCGGAAACAACGAAACGGAGUAAAAAAGAAAAAGGAAAGAAGAAACGUUCACCGUGUGUAUUUCUUACAUUAUUUAUGUUAGCGCGUACCGUUAGCGUUAAAUCCGAUUCUUGAAAGUCGCACGCGCGACCAAUGUCUUACGAUCGACCAUCCUUAAUCGAGAACACCCCCACCUAUAACUUGUUACUUAAAUCUAUUUUUGGUCGCGAUCCAAAGAUGAUACAAUUCCAAUUGAAUCACAUUCAGAGAGCUAUUUUUCUUGCAUACAGGAAAGAAUGUGCGUGUGUGUGUAUAUAUGUACAUGCAUGUAUCUACACACAAUAUUAUAUAGAUGGGAGAAUGUGAAUUAGAUGACACGAGGGUAGACUCGCCGCUCUGCGGAAUGACCUGUAAAUAAAUUAUAUAGGCAAUUGUAAAAUAGUGUAUAACGAAUUUUUGAGGAAUUAGGCGAAUAAAGGAAAAAGUGAUUUCUGUUUACGAGACCUCGCCAAGAUAGGUCUCUCUGUAUUAAUAUAUUGAACUAAUAUAAACAAUUAACACGCUGUUAGAUAGAGAUUAAGUAAAGAAAUUAAGAUUAAUAUAUCGACGAUUCAGCUAGAACGUUUAUUUCACGGAUAAAUGAAUGUAUGUAUAAAGAAAACGUCUCGUCUGAUCUAGCUUGUAUAAAAUAAUCAUUUAAUUACCUGUCGGGGAAAUUAUGGUGGCAAAGAGUAGGCAUGCAAGAUAACACAAACUAAUUCUCGACUAAUUGCACGAUGAUGCAUAGCCGGGCGUAAAAUUGAUUUCACCAUGUAAGUAAUUAAUUAAAUAUGUCGCGCGUAGACUUAUUCAAUUAUAUAUAUCUGUACACAUACAUAGUAAUUUUUAUUUACGUAUGCAUACAUGCCUAUCGACAUAAAUAUAUAAAUCUAUGUACUGUUAACAUAGAUUCAUAUAUCUAUACUUAGAAUAUAUACAUAUAAUGAAACGGAAAGGAACUAAUUGUAAAUCUUGUUAAACGGCAUAUAACGAAUGUUACAAUUGUAUGUACAUUGUAUAUACGACUAUUAUUAUUGGUAAAUCGGUUACUAGAUUCACAUGCGAGUAAGAUCGAAAAGAUGAAAAGAAAAAGCGGAAGAUAGCAGAAUAGAAUCGUUGCUAUCGAUGCAGAAAAGGAGAACAAAUAUAUAUAUAUAUAUAUACGUAUAUAUAUACCAACAGUGCUAUUAUCAUCACUGCUACCACCGCUAUCAUUAUUAUCAUUACUAUUUACUAUUACACCGUAUUAAUUAGUACAAUUACUACGACACUUAUUUUUAUUCUGACCGAUUGUCGUGCAGGAGGUCGUGUUUUAUGUGGUUUGAAUCGGAAUAUAAUGUAUACAUGCUAUUGAGAGAAAAAGAAAAUGAAAAAAAAAAACGAAUUAGAGUGCACGUGUGCACGCGCGCAUCCCAUCGUGUCGUCGACUCAGCGGCGAAUGGGUUCCAUGAUUAAAUACAUUUGCUACCACCCCCACACGCACCUGUCUAAAAAAUGAAUAUAAAUAAUUAUCGACGCGCGUGUCCAUGUGACACUUUGCAUGCGCAUGUUUCGUAUGUAAGUAUGUAUGUUUAGGUGGAAACCGAAGGCGGAACUUGUAGUAGAGUGUUACACGAAGCAUGUGUUACGUCGCGUGUGCAUAAUAGAGGCAUACAUGCCAUGCGUAUAUUUAUAUAUAUAUAUGUAUAUUAUAUAUAUAUGUAUACAUAUAUGAUAUAUACAAGCGUUUCAAUACGUACACAUAUGCGUGCGCACGAAUUAAUUCUGUGCAUAUGUUUAAAAAAGGAAACGUAUAAAAAAAAGCGAAGUAUAUAUGCUGUGGUACAAAAGAAGGACAAAUGUAUUAGGUGACGUUUAUUGAAAUUGAAGAGGAAUUAUGAAUUUUUAUUACUGAAAAA